AUUUGAGAAUUCCUCUAUGGGCUACUAUUUCAACCAUGAAGAAAAAGGAUUCAAAAAUCAUAUUUUCAAGCUAAAAUUCUGAGAAUGAAAGAUUAAAAAAACUGUUUGAUCUUUCAGACUUAUAACUGCAAUUUUGAACUAUACAGAUUUAUUUGCUUUUGAGACUUGCAAUAUCCUAAUCAUGCCACAUCCUUGCGUCGUCUGUGGUCGUUCACGCCUGAACCCCAACAAUCGUGAGGAGGAAUACAUGUUUUUCGGCUUUCCAGUGAAUGAUGAAACUCGUUGCUGUCGUUGGCUAGAGUUUUGUGGUCGUGAGGAUCUAUACAAACUCUCAAAAAAGCAGCUUCUUCAGCGUAUGAUUUGCUCCAAGCAUUUCCAGCCGCAAGAUUUUCUUAAUGAAUAUAUGGACCGUUUAAAUUUGACGGCAGUUCCAUCGAUUUAUGAUCCUAAACAGAGUUUGUAUAAUAUAACAUGUAUUCUUUGUGGAAAAACACGAAAAGAUCCACCUGCAGAGGAUUACGACGGAACAACCUUUCACCAUUUUCCUGGAGAAGAAUUCCGCUGCCUCCAAUGGUUGGACUUUGUUGGUGUGGACUCUUAUUACAGAUUAACAAGAAAGGAAAUCCUUUACUGCUAUAUCUGUUCCAAACAUUUUGAUCGUUCGCAAUUUAUGCCAGGAUUUAAGGGAAGAUUAAUAGAAAAUGCAAUUCCCAAAGUUCGUAAUCCAGAUAACAGAAAAGAAUCUGUAAUUGAGUUACAAAACCAAACAGAAUCUAUUACUGAGUUACAGGCUGAACCAAAACUUUUCAGUCCUUCAGGUAAGUGCAAAAAAGAUCCACUGCCUAUUACGGUAUUGGAAAGCCAAGCUUGUGCAGCUUGUGGUCGGUCAAGAUCCGAUCCAAGAAACAAAAUUGAACGUUACAAGUUUCAUCCAUUCCCGGCAUACGAAAUAGGUCGAUGUUUACGCUGGUGUCAAUUCUUGGGCAGGGAAGAUAUACUCAAAAUGUCUCCCAAUCAAAUACGCAAACUUGUACUUUGUUCAAAACAUUUUCAGACCGGCCAAAGUUUUCACAAAAUUGGCCCAUGUGAUGCAGUACCUACAAUUAAAGAUAUUUCUGAAUCUGAAAAUAUUAUAGAGCAAAAUGAAGAUGAUCAGGACCUUGGAGAAGAUAGCAAAGAUCCUUCCAAGGCGCUUAAGCGUGAGAGACCAUUAGUGUCUAGCAAAAAACCCAAGAUCGAUAAUAAACCUGCGCCAUUGGCAAAAAAACGAGGAAAAUCCCGAAGACCGACUUCCAUUAAUAUUCCUAGGCCUGUUCCCAAUUAUUUGGACAAUCAAAUAAUUAAAAAACUACCUCUUCCAUCUGCAACUAAUUGGAAGAUUCAGUUGGGAGAUCAAUUGCAGCCGAUUACAAUUAAUAAUAUUUCUUCAAAUGUUGCAAAUAAUCAGGCAAACAUUAAGAAAAUUAUAGUACCAUUUACGGGCGAUAUAUCAACUCUUGGUGCUCCAAUACCAGUUCACAGUUUAUCAAGUAUUCCUCCGGGAUUAUUGAUCAAAAUAGACUUGCCAGAACAAGAACAACAGCGUCAAGAACAACAGCGACUACAACAGCAAUCACAACAGCAACUACAAAAGCGAUCACGACAACAGCGAUCACAGCAACAGCGACCACAACAGCGACCACAACAGCGACCACAACGAUUGCAACAACAGCAAAAAUUAUCAAAGGUGAAGAAGCAAAAUAAGACAAAAAACGUAACAAAUAGUUCGAAUAAACAAAUUUGGGAAAAUAAUAACGGCCAAACUUCCGUUAUAUUGGGAAAUGAGAAACAAAAUAUAGAUAAAAAUUUAGUAGAAUUUCUAAAAGUGUCUUCAGAACCUGUAGAUGAGACUUUAAAUUCUAAUGAAAUAGAAAUGCAGGAAGAAGUGAUUCCUUCGAAGUUAUUGAAUGUUGAAAGUGAAGUACAGAUAAAGGAAGAACACUAUUUCGAAGAAGAGAAAAAAAAACUGAUGAAGAAGAAAAUUUCAAGUAAGAAAGAAAAACGACAGAAGAAAAUUUCGAAAACCAUGAAAAGAACCAUGUUUCCUAUCAACAGCGAGAUUAAAUAUUUCUUCAAAAAAAUGACGCCACUGAUGCAUCGGUUACCAACACAGGCUAGAGCGAUGAUGAAAUUAUCGAUUGUUAACAUGGUAAUUGAUCAACUCUGAAAUUA